GUCUCACCGGCAGGUCACAUUUUAAUUAGUCAAAGCACCCAACCUAUAUUUUGUAAAACCAGGUCUUCCCCUUCUCGUAAGUCUUAACAAAGAAGCUCUCUCUCUCCCUCCCUCCUUCCCUGAUUUAAUCAGAAACAGUUCUUCUCUGUUGGGUAUUACAGAUUAGCUAUGAUAGGCAGGGAAAUUCUGCACAAGAUGAAGGAAAAGGCUGGGUUUGGUUCAUGUGUACCAGAUACAGGAAAAGGCAAAAGCAAAGUCUCAAAGAAGAUCACAAGUGGUUAUCACAUGGUGAAGGGAAAGUCAAGGCAUGCGAUGGAAGAUUAUGUAGUUUCUGAAUUCAGAAUUAUGAGCGACAACGAAUUGGGAUUGUUUGCAAUAUUUGAUGGUCAUUUGGGCCAUGAUGUCGCAAACUACUUGCAGGGUCAUUUGUUUGACAAUAUCUUAGAGGAGCCUGAUUUCUGGACGGACACGGAGAGUGCAAUAAGGAGAGCCUAUCAUAAAACAGAUGCUGAAAUCUUGGAUAAAGCAAUCUCCUUGGGAAAAGGAGGGUCGACUGCAGUUACAGCCAUACUAAUCAAUGGCCAAAAGUUGGUAAUAGCAAAUGUUGGAGAUUCUCGGGCUGUUAUAUGCAAGGAUGGUGAGGCUGUACAACUUUCAGUCGACCAUGAGCCAAGAAAAGAGAAAAGGAUGAUCGAAAAACGUGGUGGUUUCGUGUCAAACCUUCCAGGCGACGUACCUCGUGUUGAUGGACAGCUAGCUGUAGCUAGGGCAUUUGGCAAUAAGAGCUUGAAGAUACACUUAAGUUCAGAACCAGAUGUAGCAGUGGUCACCGUUGAUGAUUCUGCACAGUUCCUUAUUUUGGCAAGCGAUGGAAUUUGGAAGGUAAUGUCCAACCAAGAAGCUGCCGAUUCAGUCAAGCAGAUAAAGGAUGCUCGGUCAGCAGCAAAGCAUUUGAUAGACGAUGCGCUUUCUAAGAAAAGUAAGGACGACAUAUCCUGCAUAGUUGUUAAGUUCCAAUGAUAAUCACCAGCCGUGGCGAUCAAUGCGUGUACGUAUAUAUAGAUUCACUUCCUUCAUUGUUGUUAAGUUGUAAUGAUAAUCACCAGCCGAUAAAUGCGUGUACCAUAUAUCUAGAUUUAUUUCUUUUCUUUUCAUAGUUGUUAAGUUCCAAUGAUAAUAUAUAGAUUUGCUUCUUUUGUGGUAGUGAAUAUACAUUAAACGUAUACCUGUACUAUAUGCACAAUCAAAUCCAUAUUCGGAAUCCAACGUAUAAAGUUCUUUCUAACAA